AUGCUCCUCUUCUCGCUCCUCCCCUCGCUCCUCCCCACCGCUCUCCUCGCUCUCUCCGCCCUCCCUCUCCCCAUCCAAUCCGCCUCCAUCCUCUGCGCCGAAAACCUCUACGGCAAACCCCGCCUCGCCGACGCAAUGACAAUCGGUAACAACCUCCCCUACGUCAAAGUAGACCCCUACGACCAAAUGGACGCCGCGCGCUUAUUCGCCGAACCGGCAUUCUUCACCCCAAAGUUCCAAGGACUGCGGAACACAUGGAGAUCGGCCAUCGAACAAUUGCCUCGGGUGUGGCGAUUCCGAUCCGCACGCAUCGCCCUCCUCUUCUACGCCGACGCAGCCGGCCAAGUCGCCACUCCCAGCGUCAAUUCGAACUGGCGUCUCAUCCAAGCCGCCGCGGCUGGCGUGCUGCAGUAUUGCGUCCGCGGCCAGCGGGGCGUUGGCGGCGUGUGGAUCAUCUCCGGUACCGUCCUCUCCCCCUUCUCUCCCAACCUCCCCAUCCAUUCCAUCACCCGCGUCGUCAAUACCCCCCCCGACCACGUCCACCCUUUUUCACGGAAACCCAUCGAUUUCCCACAUUACCACGUGGAGGAACGACGGGGCAUGCAUGUGGCUGACGCACAGCUUCCCGUCUCGCCGUGGGCAGACCACACGCAGACGCCCUACCUCUCCCUCUACCUUUACGAAUCAGGCUCCCCGUUCGAGGACGUGCUGAACAGAUAUAUGAUCACGGGGCUCGGGGUCAACCCGUUCAAUCCGAGGGGUUUCGGCGUCGAGGGUGUGGCGCUCAAUUCCUCGGGGGUGCUGGGAGCGGUGGAGGACCAGGCGGUGUUGGCGGGGGAUGUUGCCGCGACGGCGGGGAUAGGGGCGGCGCCGGGUCCGGCGCCGAGUGUGGUUGCGGUGUUGCGGGGGGAGUUGGGGGUUCAAUGA